AUGUUCUCGCUCGCCUCCCGCGAGGUGCGGACGCCGAAGCGGGUCUCGCGCGGAUCGGCACGCAGUGCAGCGCUGGAUGUGCUCUGCACCGCCAUUGCGGCGCUCGGUGAGCGCAAGGGCUCGUUCCUCGCCGACAUGGUUGUGUGGCUGGCGGCCAAUGGGCCCGACAUGCCGAGCGAGGUCUGGUCGCCACUUCGGCGGCUGGCCGAGGCCGAGUUGCUGCAAGUCAUGCGAGCUGCGGCGCGGUCUGCGCAUUCGCGCGGCUUUGUCCUCCGCACUCGCUCACGCUACCGGCUCACUCGCCUCGGCAUGGCCUACGUCCGCAAGAUCGCCAUCACCCAGCUCCCGGAGCGGACACGAGCCAAGAUCCGCCGGCCGCGGUCGCGCAAGUCGUCCACACCCGCGCUCCCCACCCCGACCGAGAAGAGCGAGCCUGCUGAGCGGACUUCUCUCUCGCCCGAGCUCGACGAAGUUUGCAGCAUGCUGCAGGGCGCGUUCUAG